AUGCAAUCACUACCGCGUAGCGUGCUGGCGGUCGAGCGCCAUUGCCUGCGAACAGUGCGAUGCAGGCCUCUACGGUCGUCACGGGCGAGGAGCUACCAUAGCAAGUCGACCCAAAGCCAGCCCAGAUGGUCUUCGGUCGGCUAUGGACUUGUAGGCCUUGCCUCAGGUAUAGCUUUGACAACCAUUGGCUUUGGAGCGAGCACCAAAGACAAGCCGGCAGAUGGCCGUAACAGCUCGGAAGGCCCCGUAUACGCUAGCAGGUCGGAAAUGCUACAGGCUGUUGACGAGAUUCGAGCUGCACUUGGGGACGAGGCUGUAACUAUGGACGAAGAUGAUAUCGAGAGCCAUGGCUACUCGGAAUGCUCCACAUCGAACAGCACGGUUCGCCCGGUGGCAGUCGUCUACCCAACGAGCACCAAAGAUGUUUCAACCAUUGCGAGGAUUUGCACCAAACACAGAGUUCCCAUGAUACCCUACGGUGCCGGAUCCAGUGUUGAGGGUAACGUCAGCGCGCCAUACUCCGGAAUCACCAUCGACCUAUCGCAGAUGAACAGAAUCCUGCAAUUUAACGAGGAAGAUAUGGACAUCAUUGUCGAGCCCGGAGUCAAUUGGGUCCAACUCAACGAGGAGAUCAAAUCCUCGGGGCUCUUCCUACCGCUGGAUCCCAGCCCCACGGCGCUCAUUGGGGGUAUGGUGGCCACCAAUUGUAGUGGCACAAACGCUAUGAGAUACGGAACCAUGAAGGACUGGGUUCUUAACCUCACCGUUGUCCUGGCCGACGGCUCGGUGAUCAAAACACGGCGCCGAGCUCGAAAGUCCUCGGCCGGGUACAAUCUCAAUGCCUUGUUUACGGGCUCAGAAGGCACCCUCGGCAUCGUGACGCAGGUGACAUUAAAGCUUGCCGUUUUGCCCACCAAUUUCGCCGUUGCCACUGCCACAUUUGAAAGUGUUAAAGACGCGGCAAGCGCUGCGUCCAUCAUGAUCCGCAAAGGCCUGCCGCUCGCGGCCUUGGAGCUCAUGGACGAUAUGCAGAUGAGGGUGAUCAACCAGACGGCAAAGUCAGGAAACAAGACGUGGGCGGAAAAGCCCACCUUAUUCAUUAAGUUUUCCGGCACGGAAGGCACGGUGCAAGACGCCAUCAAACAAGUCAAGACGGUUUGCAAGGGCUUCAGCAGCGAUAAACUCCAAGUCGCCCAUUCGGAAGAAGCGAUGAAUAGCCUAUGGUCUGCGAGAAAACAGGCGUUGUGGGCGAUGCUUGCAGUCCGUCCCGAGGGCACGGAGAUCUGGUCUACGGACGUGGCGGUCCCGUUGUCGCGCAUGGCGGAGAUUAUUGAGCACUCCAAGAACAACGCAUCGACUCUCGGGUUGUUCUCUAGCGUUCUUGGUCAUGUCGGAGACGGCAACUUUCACCAAGCCGUCAUGUACAAUCCUAAUAAGGUGGCCGAGGCUGAUGGGGUGCGUCGCUGUGUGGAAGAUAUGGUGGAUAAAGCGAUCGAGAUGGAGGGAACCGUGUCGGGGGAGCAUGGGAUUGGAUUGGGAAAGAAACACUGUCUUGUCAAGGAGGUGGGUCCGGAGACUAUUGGUGUGAUGAAAACUCUCAAGCGAAGCCUGGACCCGUACUGGUUGCUGAAUCCUGGGAAAGUGUUGGAAUUGUGA